AUGAGUCCUCAUUUCCAGUCUGUCGUUCCAAUCUUACGAAUCUUCGACGUCAAAAAAGCCGACGAAUUCUACCUAAAUUUCUCAGGAUUCACGGUGGAUUGGGAUCACCGUUUCGACGAUAACCGCCACUGCAGCCUCAUUCUACACCUUAGCGAGCAUCAUGGAGAUGGGACCCCAGGCACAAAGAUUCGCGUCAUGAUGAAAAAAGGAAUUGUCGAGUAUCAUCAAGAGCUGAUCACUAAGAAAUAUCGAUACAUGAGGCCAGGGAUAGAAAAGGGUUAUGGAGGGCUGGACUCUCAGGAAGUUACUGUGAUUGAUCCAUUUGGCAAUACAAUCACAUUUUGUCAGACUGAAAAAAGAUGA